AUGGAGUUCACAUCAGCGAUAAAUCCGUUUGAGCCUAGAUCUACGUCUGAGUGGAUUUUGCCGGAGAACGGCGUAUUCUACAACACGAUCGCAGUCAUGCAAAAUGGCUACCGUGUUCAGCUCUUCGAUGUUCAGUGCGAGAUCAUAGGCGGCAUUCUUCAGCCGUAUGUGAAAUUCUUCGCAGCUCCCACCAAUAGCCCUCCAUCAACCUCACUGCAGGACGCACAAUUGCCCGAGGCCAACGUCUUAGUGCGAGAUCAUAGCGGACAUCUUCAGCCGUAUGUGAAUUCUUCGCAGCUCCCAGCAAUAGCCCUCUCCAUCACCUCACUGCAGGACGCACAAUUGCCCGAGGCCAACGUCUUAGACCCCUUGGAGUUCAGGAACAUGAUCAUCGUUAUGUCAGGCAGGAAUGAUUAUGAGAUCUUGAGAGGGACCGACCGGUCCUACCAGAUAAGCUGUGCAAAGAAGACGGACAUGAAGAUGACCGGCUACUUUAAGGAAAUUACUAUUAAUACAAACGUUGCGCCAGGUAUCAUGAGAAUGAAUACACCAAAUGCGGGUGUCACCGUUAAGGAUCCAGAACCAGACGAACUUGCAGCCAAUCUGCGCGUGAACAUUCAAGUUGCAACGCCAACAACAACGGCAACGACAACAACGACGACUACAACAACUACAACACCAUCCCCACGAACGAUAACAUCAAGCAGUCAUCCACUUGACAUCUUUAAAGAUGGACAGCGGUACUUGCCAUUUGUCGAUCAUGAACUAUCGCAGCAACAGAAACCACUUUACAUCUACAGAGCUGUGCUUCUACCGCAUACAGGUCGCACGGAAAGUCCAAAGGCUAUAAAUCCACUCUAUACGUCCAAACCUGAAUCGCAGAAUAUUCCAUUAUACAAGCCGCCAUAUAAUAACGGCUAUACGAACCAGCAGGAAAGCGAUUACACUGCGGAUCUGUUCAAGUCAUUUAGCACCGACGUUCCGUACGCCAGCAUAUCGGGGUACGCUAAACCCGCGCAACAGGACUAUUACCUAAAUAGUGGGCACGAUCGAAAGCUAGAGCCUUCCCAGAGUCCCCCAGCCACAUACGUGGCAUAUACGCAGCAAACUCCUGUCCGAUUUUCCUAUCAAACCGAUGGCUAUCCAUCACCCUACGAGUGGUCACCUGCUACUAACUCGAAACAACCCCAGACGUGGUCAGCAUCGUUCAACGAUCGGUCGAUAAUCGCUCAAACUGACCCGCCACCGUACGUGGAUUACGACUACCUAAACCGCCGCCCGGACUGGUCAUCGCUACUGGAGCCCACGUCGGCUGGCAAGAGAGAGGGAGAACCGCUAGAAGCCCUGGCCUUGGACAGAGAAGACCGCGUAAUGGCGGCACGGCCGGCCUUUGAUGAGGAGGCGCCACCAUCAACGCCAGUCACGGCACUCAAGGUUAUCGCGGGCACUGACAUCUACCGCGACUCGGCAGAACGACUGAAAAUCGGCAGCGAAGCCACACUUGUGCUGUCCUGGCCGUACACAGAUUACUGGGACGUUUCAUUUAGCAGCUGCGUUGCUCACGAUGGCAGUGGAAACCGGCAAACAGUUCUUCUCGAUACUGACGGUUGUCCAGCAUACGACAGGAUGCGUUCUGACGUGAAUAGGUAUUCGGAUGGGAAAAUUUCAUAUUUAUACGUGACAUAUGAAGCGUUCAGAUUUCCGGAUAGACCUCAGAUGUACUACGAAUGCGCCGUUAACCUGUGUCGACAUCGGUGUACCCCGACGGAAUGUGGCCGAAAAACAUCCAAAGGGCAGAAGGAGUCACCAACUAGAUGGUUCACGCAACGGUUGUCCACCCAAACACGCAGCGAGCAGAGAUUCGAGAGAAAUCCUGUGAAACUUCCGACGUCGCGCCACUUUCUACCCCAGACCCCUCGCAAUGCCAAGGCAUUAUUUGAUUCAAACCCCAAGGUAUCGCUCCCGGCAUUAGCGCGUAGGGGCGACUCGUACAAGACUGGACAGUUUGCAGAGUAUCUCCCUCAUGGCAUAGGAGCACAUUCUUCGGGAAAAGACAUGUUCAUGGAAUCUUUUGAUUCUCUUCCUCUCGAUAAGAAUGCAGACCUUCACCACUCUAGAGGGUUACCGGCAACUGAGAUAGAACAUCCGGUACCAGGACGCAUGCGCGACAAUGAUGACGACUUCGUUGAGUCUCUUCCGUUAGAAGAAGAAACGGAAAAGUAUUGGCUAGACGACCACGAUCGAUUUCCGGUGUCAGGGAGUAGGCGCGACUCUGACAACGUCUUCGUUGAGUCGCUCCCUUUGGGAGAAGAAACGAAAAAGUAUGGGAUAGAUGGUGCAGAGGCGGGCGAGGCUCGACUUCCGGUUUCAGGGCGCAUACGUUACAAUGAUGACAUCUUCGUUGAGUCGCUUCCUUUGGAAGAAGGAACGGAAAAGUAUUGGAUAGAUGGUGCAGAGACGAACGAGGGUCGACUUCCGGUUUCAGGGCGCAUACGUUACAAUGGUGACGUCUUCUUGGAGUCGCUUCCGCUUGACGAGGAAAUUGGAAGUCAUUGGGUAGGCGGCUCACAGACGGAGGAUGAGCGACAACUAAUAUUUGUGGGAAACGGAAGAGUUCAUGCCGUGGGUAACAAGAUUAAACGAUCCCAUCGCUCUGUUACGCAAGCGCUGCCACCAGGUGUCGAUGAUCGGGUGACAGUACACAGUGCAGCGCAGAUAGAUCUUCCCGAGGAGCACAACGUCUAUAUGCAAUUAGAGACGUGCACGGCAGACGUUCGAGCACUGAGAGACAUUCAGGGAAGCAGCUGCGUGGAAUUCUCGUUAUUUAUUACCGUCGUUAGUGCACUUGGAGGAGCCGUGAUUCUUCUUGUUGCCAUUCUCAUUACGGCAUUCUACAGAAUGUACCAGAUGUCGAAGAGUAACACGAAGCCCGUGAAUUACACGAAGAAGAACGCAUCGUUGCCGCCAGUGAGGAAAGUGGUGCAGCCGGUCUACCCCAGAGACAUGCACUACAGGAUAGGCCCAGGGCCGUCGUUCUCGUAUAUAUAAACACACUAAAGCCCGUGUAAUAUAUGCGCAAGAUAUAGCGUGUAGUACAUUUACAAACGUUAUACGCAAUAGUUGAAUUGUUAUAUAUGAACGUGUAAUAUUAUUACUACACCUACAAAUGCUAUACGCAAUAACAGAAUUGUUAAAGUCUGUAUGCAAUGUUGAUUCCUCUUGACAAUGUAAAUAUGAAUAUAUGUGCCACACGCGUAUGUUAUUUUAACGACAAGGCGAAUGAAAUCUGACUACCUUGCUUUCUGAACUAUGCUCAGAAUCUGGUUAUUUAAAUAGGUUAUAAUUGAGAAUUGCUCGCCUAUCAAUCAUCCUAGUUCUUUCCAGGUACACAUUAUCCACGUGUUAUUGCAGCAGCGAUUGCUAUGUAGGCCUACUGCCGAGAUGAAUCGGAUAAAUGU